GUGGGGCACUAAGUGCAACUAGUUGCUGCGGCUGCGGAGCUGUAUUCAUCAUGGAGCUGGCGCCGCGGAGCUUACCUGUCUCGCUGUGGCUGCGGCGGCUGCUGCUGCUGCCGCUGCUGUUGGGCCUUAGCACCGGAGCUGUCAUCGACUGGCCCACAGAAGAGGGCAAGGAAGUAUGGGAUUAUGUGACUGUCCGAAAGGACGCUCACAUGUUCUGGUGGCUCUAUUACACUACCAACCCUUGCAAGAACUUCUCAGAGCUGCCCCUGGUCAUGUGGCUUCAGGGUGGUCCAGGCGGCUCCAGCACCGGAUUUGGAAACUUUGAGGAAAUUGGGCCCCUCGACUGUGAUCUCAAACCACGAAAAACCACCUGGCUCCAGGCUGCCAGCCUCCUCUUUGUGGAUAAUCCUGUGGGCACUGGCUUCAGUUAUGUGAACAAGAGUGAUGCGUAUGCAAAGGACCUUGCCACCGUGGCUUCUGACAUGAUGGUCCUCCUGAAGACCUUCUUCAGUUGCCACAAAGAAUUCCAGACGGUUCCAUUCUACAUUUUCUCAGAGUCCUAUGGAGGAAAAAUGGCGGCUGGCAUUGGUCUAGAGCUUUAUAAGGCUGUUCAGCAAGGGACCAUCAAGUGCAACUUUUCUGGGGUUGUUUUGGGUGAUUCCUGGAUCUCCCCUGUUGAUUCAGUGCUGUCGUGGGGACCUUACCUGUACAGCAUGUCUCUUCUGGAAGACAAAGGUCUGGCCGAGGUAUCCGAUGUUGCUGAGCAAGUCCUGGAUGCUGUAAAUAGAGGGCACUACACGGAGGCCACCGAGCUGUGGGGGAAAGCAGAAACGGUCAUUGAAAAGAAUGCAGAUGGGGUGAACUUCUAUAACAUCCUAACUAAAAGUGAUCCCACGUCGACCAUGGAGUCAAGCCUAGAGUUCACACAGAGUCACUUAGUUCGUCUUUUUCAUCGCCAUGUGAGACACCUACAACGAGAUACCUUAAAUCAGCUUAUGAAUGGCCCCAUCAGAAAGAAGCUCAAAAUUAUUCCUGAUGAUAUCUCCUGGGGAGCCCAGUCUUCUAAUGUCUUCCUAAACAUGGAGGGGGACUUCAUGAAGCCGGUCAUCAGCAUUGUGGAUGAGUUGCUGGAAGCUGGGGUCAAUGUGACUGUGUAUAAUGGACAACUCGAUCUCAUCGUGGACACCAUGGGUCAGGAGGCAUGGGUACGGAAGCUGCAGUGGCCAGAAUUGCCCAAAUUCAAUCAGUUGAAAUGGAAGGCCCUGUACAGUAAUCCUGAAUCCUCUGAAACAUCUGCUUUUGUCAAGUCCUACAAGAACUUGGCUUUCUACUGGAUUCUACGAGCUGGUCACAUGGUUCCUUCUGACCAAGGGGACAUGGCUCUGAAGAUGAUGAGGCUGGUGACCCAGCAGGAGUAGGACGUACCGGACUGAGAUGAGCUGGCUUGGCUUGGAGGUGCAGGAGCGGAACCGGGACCAGGAAACCGGAGGAAGCUCUGCCUCUCCUCCCCGGGUAACUCGGGCUGGGAUUAGGAAGGCCCCACCAGCUGCCGUGGACCAUAAAAUCACCGUCUCUGUGGCAGCUUGAAAAUCAUUUCUGCUUCUUAAGAAAACUUAGUUUUAUUUUUAAUGGAUUUGUUUUUAUCAAAAUGAAGGAUUGUCUUGGAUUGACUUUUUCUGAUUAUAACAACAAAUGAUGUGAUUCAUGGAAAAAAAAAAAAAAAGGUAGGAAAUACAGUGAAGCAAAGAACAAAAUAAAGACUUGUAUCCUCCCUUCCCAGGGGUAAACACGGUUACCAAUUCAGUAUCUAGCCUCACAGGUGUUUUUGUCUGUUAUAUAUAUAUACACACACACACAUACAUUUAUAUUUUUUACAAAAAUGAAAUCAUUGCUGUAUGUUAUUUUACCAUAUCAAUGUGUUCAGAUAUCAACAUGUCCUGAACGCCUUUUAAUGUCAAUAAAUUCUUCUGUAAUCUUUUUAAUGGA